GAUCCAAAGACAGCCCGUUUCGUCAACGACAUCAGAGCUUGCACCGUGUACCUCGCCAUGAAUCUGGCCACACCUGACUUCGUUCUCGGCUCAGUGCUCUUUGCCAUUGCUCUUCUCUAUGUAUCUCGCAGCCGACGGUCGUCGAUCCCGCACCACCUCCCGCCAGGUCCUCGCCCGCUGCCACUGAUCGGCAACGCGCAUCAGAUGCCGUUCGAGUACCCAGAGCAGACGUUCGCUAGAUGGAAGAACCUAUACGGCGACCUCAUCUUCUUGCGGAUGUUCAGCACUCCGUUGCUGGUCGUGAACUCCGCGAGGGCGGCACGGGACCUCUUGGAGAAGCGCAGCGCGAAGUACUCGGGCAGGCCAUACUCAGUCUUUCACAUCGAGCUCAUUGGGUGGGACGCAGAGAUCGGGAUUAUGAACUACGGAGAGAGAUUCAAGAAACACCGCCGACCCGCGAGGCGCACACGCUCCUCGCCAACCUCCUCCGCGACCCGGAGAACUUCGCGCGGCACCUCCAUCGGUUCUCUGGCGCGUCGAUGCUCGAGACGCUCUACGGCCACAGCGUCACCGACGACGACGACGAGUACCUGAAGCUGAUCGACAAGGCUAACGACACCAUCGCGUCUUCAUCCGCCCCAGGCGCCGCGCUCGUGGACUUUCUCCCGUUCCUGCAAUAUACCCCCGCCUGGCUUCCCGGCGCUGGGUGGAAGCGCAAGGUGCUGGAAGCGAGGGAUGCUCUGACGGAAGCCUCUACGAGGUGUUAUGCGCUUGCAGAAGCGCAGGCUCACGCCGGAAAGCCAUCUAUCAUCGGCUCGAUCAUUGGGGAGUGCUCAGACAAAGGCAUUUUGGCGUCCGAAGAACAUGAGAUUAUGCAACUCGGGUCUGUCACGUACUCCGCCGGGACAGAUACGACCAAGAGCGUGUUGCACAGCUUCAUACUUGCGAUGGUCCUGCAUCCGGAAGUUUACGCGAAAGCACAACAAGAGAUGGACACCGUGAUCGGCCGAGAAAGGUUGCCAACGCUGGAGCACCGGGAUUCCCUUCCCUACAUCGAGUGUGUACUCAAAGAGACAUAUCGCUGGAUCUGUCCCGUUUGUCUAAGCAUACCUCAUGCAUCCUGCGAAGACGAUGAAUACAAUGGAUAUUUCAUCCCAAAGGGUACCGCGAUAAUCCCCAAUCUCUGGCUAAUGCUACGAGACCCGGAAGUCUACUCUGAGCCAGAACUAUUCCGCCCGGAACGCUUCUGGGCGCUGUCAGCAGAGGAGUUUGAACGCACCGAUCCUCGGAACAUCGUGUUUGGACACGGUCGAAGGAUCUGCCCAGGUCGCCGCUUCGCAGACGCAAGUGUGUGGCUAGCGAUCGCGGGCAUGGUGGCGACGUUCGACAUCCAGAAGGCCAGGGACGCCUUGGGGAAGGAAAUAACGCCGCGUGUUCUGUACGAGUCUGGAUUCACGAGCGCACCUGCUCCCUUCAAGUGUGCUAUCCAACCGCGGUCGAAACAAGCUGUAGAGCUGAUCGGCAGGACUUUGUGAAGUAAGCACGUCCAACAUGUAGGACUGGGUUUGGCAGCACAUGCCCUCGGCUAUGACGUCAACACGGCAUGCUCCCAUGAAGGGGAUAUACAUACUGUACGAGAACACGGUGGGAAGAGCUACUACGCGGCCAACUGCCAGGGACUCUACGUAGCCGUUUCGAAUCGUUUGCGUUCAGAGGUUUCGUGAUGUAAACCAUAUAA